GGACGCGAUCGCGAUCAUCGAACCAACACCGAGGAGGGCGCCCGCCUGCCGUGAAGCCCCCGCAGCCGCAGGUUAAGGAUCAUGCGAGCCCCACGCGCCGCCAAAGAAAAAACGUCUAAAUAUUUCGACUCAGCUUCGGCCGCCGCCGCCGCCGUACCACGUCGAUUGACACGCGCCAGCCUCGCCCGCUUCGCAUACAAUGAUGGCACGAAUGGCAGCCCGCCGACGGGCAUCGACGCCAGCACCGGCAAUAAUGGCGCCACCGAAGAGGUGACACUGGGCUCCGACAUUGAGGACGCCAUCACGACCACCGUCUCGCACACUCUCAAGCGUAAGCGCAAGCGCACCGACACGGUGACCCAGUCGGCAUCGCGGCGGGUCGCGACGAGGAGCGCGACGAGGAGCACGAUGAAGGCCGAGAUCAAGACCGAGAUCAAACCCGAGAUGGAGACCGAGAUGGAGACCGAGAUCGACGCCGAGAUGGAUACCGCCGAGGUCAAGACGGCAGGGCAGCCAGCCUCCGAUGCCAAAGCCGAAGCCGACGCCGACGCCGAGAGCGAGACCAAGGACCGACCGCGCGGCCGCGCGCGCAAGCCGGUGCGCAAGACCACCGACGCCGCCACGGGCGCGGUCACGGUCGAGCCGCCCUCGGACUGGGAGGAGAUGUACGAGCUGGUCAGGCAGAUGCGCAUCAGCGGGCCGGCCGCCAACGCGGCCGUCGACACGAUGGGGUGCGAGCGGCUGGCGGACCCGGACGCGAGCCCGCGCGAGCGGCGCUUCCACACCCUCGUCGCCCUCAUGCUCUCGAGCCAGACCAAGGACACGGUCAACGCCGAGGCGAUGGCGCGCCUGCGCACCGAGCUGCCCCCGCACGAGCCGGGCGCCCGGCCCGGCCUGACGGUCGAGAACGUGCUCGCCGUCGACCCGGCCGUCCUCAACCGGCUCAUCAGCAAGGUCGGCUUCCACAACAACAAGACCCGCUACCUCAAGCAGACGGCCGAGAUCCUCCGCGACCGCUUCGGCUCCGACAUCCCCCCGACCAUCGACGGCCUCACCUCCCUGCCGGGCGUCGGGCCCAAGAUGGCCCACCUGUGCAUGUCGGCCACCCACGGCUGGGGCCGCGUCGAGGGCAUCGGCGUCGACGUCCACGUCCACCGCAUCACCAACCUCUGGGGCUGGCAGCGCCCGCCCACCCGCGGCCCCGAGGACACCCGCCGCGCCCUCGAGAGCUGGCUGCCCCGCGACCGCUGGAAGGAGAUCAACUGGCUGCUCGUCGGCUUCGGCCAGACCGUCUGCCUGCCCGUCGGCCGCCGCUGCGGCGACUGCGAGCUCGGCCUGCGCGGCCUGUGCAAGAGCGCCGACAGGGCAAAGGUCCUCGAGGGGAGGAAGAGGAGGGCGGCGGUGACGGUGACCCCGACGACGACGACGACGACCACCACCACCACGACGAAGGUGGAGAAGAAGGAGGAGGUGGUGGUGGACAAGGUCGAGAUGGAGGUCGAGGUCGAGGAGGAACGGAAGGAGAGGGAAGGGGUGGUGGUCAACGAGGCGGUUGCGGAGGCGCCGCCGCAGAGUCCCAGGAUCAAACAAGAGGAGGAGGGUCGCGACGGUUAAAAAAAAAAAAAGGAAAAGAAA